AUGCGCCGAGUAAUAUCAGACCUGUUCAUCUCGGCUAGACGCCGACCCGGGACCAAUCUCUCGUCACUGAGAAGCCGAAGAACGACAAACGGAAAUAAAUCCCAACGACGACAAAACUCGAAUAACUCUACAGAAAAGAAUGAUCCUGUGCCAACAAAAGAAUCGCCUGUAUCCGAGUCUACAGCUUCUACUCCUACGACCGCCCCUCCACCCACAGGCUCAGUAACAUCCUCCGUUGGAGCGGCGACUUCACCACUCCCAGCAGCACGCAGCAGCCGGAGUAUAGGCGAAAUUAUAAAAUCGGGACCUAUUGGUCGGUUUGGGAAUUGGUACACGAAUGCGCAGCACAAAAGACCCUACGUUACGCAGCUCGCGAGUUCGUUUAUAGUUUAUUUGGCGGGGGAUUUGAGCGCACAGUUACUGUUUCCGUCUGAAGUGAAAACAACCGAAAAUAAGGAUGGAGAGGAAGGAGAGACAGCGACGGUGGGGUAUGAUCCGCUGCGAACGUUGAGACAUUUGACUGUUGGGCUUGUGUCGAGUAUUCCUUCUUAUAAAUGGUUCAUGUUCCUCCACUUUAAUUUCAACUACACCUCCAAAUUCCUCAGCAUAACCACCAAAGUCGCCGUCCAACAAGCCGUCUUCACCCCCGUCUUCAACACGUACUUCUUCAGCAUGCAAUCCCUCCUGGCCGGCGCAUCAAUCGCAGAAACAUGGGAACGUUUGAAGUUGGCUGUACCCAACAGUAUCAAGAAUAGCGUCAAGCUCUGGCCGGCUGUGACGGCGUUUAGUUUUAUGUAUAUUCCGCCGCAUUUUAGGUCGGUGUUUGGCGGGACGAUCGCGGUGGGCUGGCAGACGUAUUUGAGUUGGUUGAAUCAGAAGGCCGCGAAGGAGGUUGCGGCUGCUGAGGCUGCUGUUGCUCUCAACGGUGUUGAUGGCUCAUUGAAAACUUCGGAUAGUCGGAUUUCGCAGGCGGCCUGA